ACGCGGCAACGUCGCGUUCCUCUCAUUGGCCAGGAGUUGACUCUGGUGGCGACGGUGUGCAACUACCGUCAUUGGUUGCGCACACAGACGCAAUAAAUAGCGAACGCAACACGUGAACGAGAGAGAGUCCCGCGUCCCGCGAUAAAUGUCAUGCCGAGCGGCCGUCUGACAAUUUCACGUUGCGCUCGUGUCAGCUGAUGACGGACGAUCCGCGAGAUUUGCACGUCUCUCCGAACGCUCUCCGCUGUCUGUGAGGAAUCGCGGUCGUGCCGUGCACUCGCUCCCUCGGUGACGGCAACGUAAACGCAACGCAACGACGACAACGACGACGUGUCCCGUGUCAGAAUGCGUGCCGACACGUGCAUCCUCGUGCUGCUCUAUCUGCCGCUCGCAAUUUUUGGCGGCACCGAAAAAAACGAGAGCGCCUUUGUGGCGACGCACGAGUGGCAAACGGUGAAGAAAGGAACUCCUAUUCCCAAGGGACUUCAUGUGAGACAUAAUUUUGCAACUGGAGUGACGGAAGCCAAAUUGAUGGAAAACACAGAGGAAGACGAUGAGAACGCGAACCGAUCAAAUUCCAAAUCAUUGACGCUGCAUCCGGACAAAUCAGUCCUAGAAAACGAAGAACCAGAUCCUGUGAAAAUAAAGAAGGUCUCGGAAUCUUUAAAAUUUCCAAUUGAUGAACUGAAAGCGAGACUAAAGAAACUCAAGCAGGAUGAAGCAGAACAUGCGUCAAAUAUGAAUGAUGAAGAAACACGGCCGAAAACUGAAAAGCGUUUUAAACGUUUUUACGAAACUUUGAAAGAGGAACUUAAUGCUCUUAAAGUCAAUGUUACGAGCGACUCGGAAUUAUUAAAGAGGUUUUUCCAGAAAUUCCAAACUUAUAAAACUAGUAUCACUACUGGAACGUUAACCAGCAUGGAGAUUGAAGAAGUAUUGGAUAUCUUAAACAAUUUGGAGUAUCUCCUUCAUCAAAUAGACAACGCUAAAAUAUUCUCAGACAUGGAUGGUCUGACUAAAAUUAUAUCGCCAUGUCUCAAUGGAACUAACAAUGAAAUAAAAUCGGAAGCGUUACGCCUUCUCGGAGCAGCCGCCCAAUCAAAUCCGAAAGUGCAAGCUAAGGCAUUAGAACAUGACUUUAUUCAAAAAGUAAUGCACGUCUUGUCUACAAAUAAUAAAAUUGAAGUGAGAUCCAGGUGUCUCUUCGCUCUAAGUGCCUUAAUACGCCAAUUUCCCGCUGCUCAGAAAGCUUGGAUCGAUCAUGGCGGUUUACAGUUACUCGGGAAGAUUCUGUACGACGAUCAAUUGCAAAUACAAAUGAAAGCUAUGAAACUAAUUAAUGAUUUAACGAUUGAAAGACGGAACUUAGAGGAAAUUUACGAUGCCGAACAGCGUCAGCAGAAAAUGAAGGAGUAUGCUAUUACAGAUUUUGAGUUGAAAUUAUUGAGGCAUGAUUAUUGUAAACUUUUGAGCAAUUUAAUGGUCAAAUGUUUUAAGGAAAAGCUAAUUGGCCAAUUCAGUAUAGAAAACAAUGAUUUUCUCGAAGUAGUUUCAGACAGCAUGAUCACGGUUUCGCCUAUUUGUAAAACUGAAUUUAAAAACAUUAAGCGUCUGCUUUUACCCGUUAUAGAUAAUCUCUUACACUUUUAUCAAAAUCCUAAUAUUAAACUUACUGUCGAUGAAACUGAUGUUUUGAAGAGUUUAAUAUUACUGAUUGAGAGAUUAAAAGUUUCUAUUUUUGAAGCACCUCAUGAUGAAUUAUGAAUAUUUGGAGUUAAUAUUUAAGGCAAUUGAAAAAAAUAUACGAAAGUAUAUCGAAGACUCGUGAACUAAAAUUCCAGCCUUAUGUUAAUAGAUACAUGAUAUGGUGUGCAAUAUUGUAUAUCAUAGGGCUUAAAUAUGCAUUUGUUUUAGUGUAAAAAGUUUUGUAAAAAAGGAAAAUUAUAAUUAUCACAAGUUUUGAAAAAGAGAAUACUAUUUGCGAGUGAAUGGUUAGCUACAAUUACAGAUCAAAAAAAUCUAAGCAUAAAAAGAAUAUUUUGUUAUUCCAAACGUAUUUAUUAUAUCCAUACUGUAAAUAGUUCAUACUUACAUUGGAUCAGUAAAAUUCAUAGGUUCUCGUCUCUUGUAUCUGAAGUAUAAAAUACUAGUCAUUAGAGGUCAAUUAAAUUAUAAUUCGUCAUUUGAAUGGCGUAGUAAUUUCAUUUUUUUAGCGAUUUUUUUUCAUUAUAAAAAUUUUAUUCUAUCGGCCUAUCAAAUAAUUAAGCGUUCAAUCGUUUUAAACUCAAGAGACGGAAACAUUUUUGAUAUUUGAUCAUGCAAGCUCAAUUAAUGUUCCAUGAAUACACCACACAAUUGUGUGUGAAGGACAAAGAAAUAUAUUGAAAAGUAAAGCGACUGAAAUAUGUGUACAUAAUAUGUAUGAUUUUAGUUUUCUGGCUGUCACAUAGUAUGAAUGUAUGAAAAACUUGUUUUUUCAGUUUUAGAAGUAAUUGUUUAAUAAAUUAUUUUGUACUGAUUA